AUGAACGACAGCGGAUACUGGUCGGACGAAGGCUGCACGUUGAAAAUCUCAAACGAAACGCACACGACAUGCACGUGUAACCACCUCACAAACUUCGCCAUACUUUUCAGCCCUUACAGAGCAGUCUUGCAUGAAAAGAUACUUAGCAUGAUAUCCCUGGUCGGCUGCAUCGUUUCCAUCGUGUCUCUCGUCCUCACCAUAAUUUUUUAUGCCAUCAGAAUCGUGAAAUCGAAGCAGGCAGCCAUUUUGAUAAACUUGUGUGCAUCUCUUAUCAUCGCCAACAUCAUAUUUCUUGCUGGAGUUAAUCAAACGUCUAACAAGAAUGGGUGCACGGCGGUGGCUAUUCUUUUGCAUUACUUUUUUCUGGUGUCGUUCUUCAUCAUGUUGGUCAUCGCCAUCCACCUCAUAUUCAAUGUCUUCCUAGUGUUUCACUCCUUAACGAAGCGAAACAUCACCAUGAUGAUUGUGUUUGCUUGGGGUAAGUUUUUUGAAAUUUUGUUGGUUUGCGUUGCUUUCAGUUGUAUAACUAAGUAG